AUGGGAGCGGGAUCGGCGCGGGGGGCCCGAGGCACAGCGGCGGCGGCGGCGGCGGCGCGCGGGGGGGGGUUUCUCUUCACCUGGAUCUUAGUCUCAUUUGCCUGUCACCUGGCUUCCACCCAAGGAGCUCCUGAAGAUGUGGAUGUCCUCCAGCGGCUGGGCCUCAGCUGGACGAAGGCAGGGGGUGGCCGGAGCCCCCCGCCCCCGGGGGUCAUUCCGUUCCCAUCGGGCUUCAUCUUUACGCAGCGGAGCCGGCUCCAGGCCCCCACGGCUGCCGUCAUUCCUGCCGCCCUGGGCACAGAGCUGGCGCUGGUGCUGAGCCUCUGCUCCCACCGGGUGAACCAUGCCUUCCUUUUUGCCGUCCGUAGCCGGAAGCGCAAGCUGCAGCUGGGCCUGCAGUUCCUCCCCGGCAAGAUGGUCCUCCACCUGGGGCCUCGGCGCUCUGUGGCCUUGGACCUCGACAUGCACGACGGGCGCUGGCAUCACCUCGCCCUGGAGCUCCGUGGCCGCACUGUCACCCUGGUGACAGCGUGUGGGCAGCGCCGGGUGUCUGUCCCGCUGCCUUUCCCCAAGGACCCAGCCCUCGACCCCGAGGGCUCCUUCCUCUUUGGGAAGAUGAACCCGCACGCGGUCCAGUUUGAAGGCGCCCUGUGCCAGUUCAGUAUCUACCCUGUGACGCAGGUCGCUCACAAUUACUGUACCCACCUGAGGAAGCAGUGUGGUCAGGCCGACGUACACCGGCCCCAGCUGGGACCCCUCCUGCCCCGAGACCCUGGCACAGCCUUCACCUUCCAGACCGACCUUGCCUUGCGAGGCCUGGAGAACCUGACCACUGCCGCGCCAGCCCUGGGGUCACGGCCAGCAAGCAGGGAUCCCAGGGGGACUGUGGUGCCCGCCACCCCCGCCAAGCCCCUGAGGACUAGCGCCACAGAGCCGGGCCGGCGUGCGGCCGCAGGGGCCCGAGCCCGGAUCCCGCUGCCACCUGCCAAGCUGUCAGCCGGGGGAGUGCUCCCUCCCGUGCCCCCGGCCUCUCUGGCUAGCUCCACCACACUUGUCCAGCCAUUGCGGAAGAACGCGGCCACCAAGAUCCCCCAAAGUCAUCCAGCCAGGCUUUCGGUCCCUUCUCCUUCAGUAGGCCCCGUCAAAAAGCCCCGCCCCACCCAGAAGGCAGCUCAGCCUUCCUUCCCCAAAUCAGCCCCACCCACCAGGAAGCCAGUGCCCCCCACUUCCCACCCACUUCCUGCCAAAGCCUCCCACCCCUCAGUGAAGCCGAUCCAGAGGACCCCUGUGAUGCCCAGACCUCUGCUACCCAGCACUCGGCCUCUACUUCUGGCCACUGGCUCCCCCAAAAAGCCUUUUCCCCCAGCGGGCCCGACCGAGGCCAAGAUGAGUAGUCAUGCCGGUGAGCCAGCCCCUGCCCGCACCGUCACCCACCGACCUCUCCGACCCACUGCGUUGCCCCGGCCACCUGUCACCCGUCCUGGCUCUCCCAGGAUUGCUCCACCAGCCACAACGAUGCCUCCCACCCUUGCUCCUGGCUCGGCCCCCACCAGAAGCAAGAAACCCUCUGGAUCAGAAGCCACAAAGAAAGCCAGACCCAAGAGCAACCCCCGGAAGCCCGUGCCCCUCAGACCUGGGAAGGCGGCCAGGGAUGUUCUGUUGAAUGAUCUGACAACCAGGCCCAGCCCCAGACAGUCCCGGCCCCGCCGGCCCACCACCCCGGCCCCGGCAUUGGCCCCGGCGCAAUUCCUGUCCUCCAGUCCCUGGCCCACGAGUCAUAGCUAUUCACUCUUCCACCUGGCGGGACCCACGCCUUUCCCCUUGCUGAUGGGACCUCCAGGGCCCAAGGGAGACUGUGGUUUGCCGGGUCCCCCUGGGCUGCCUGGGCUCCCUGGACCCCCUGGUGCACGGGGGCCUCGGGGUCCUCCUGGGCCUUAUGGAAAUCCAGGCCUCCCCGGUCCUCCUGGAGCCAAAGGACAGAAAGGGGACCCAGGGCUCUCACCAGGAAAGGCCCUCGAUGGGGCGAAGGGCGACGUGGGCUUGCCUGGGCUCUCUGGGAAUCCAGGACCUCUUGGACGAAAGGGAUACAAGGGCUAUCCUGGACCGGCGGGGCACCCCGGAGAACAGGGGCAGCCAGGACCUGAGGGCAGCCCAGGGGCCAAAGGUUACCCUGGCAGGCAGGGGUUACCUGGACCCGUAGGAGACCCUGGCCCCAAAGGCAGCCGGGGCUACAUUGGACUCCCAGGGCUCUUCGGCCUGCCAGGGUCCGAUGGAGAGAGGGGCCUGCCUGGCGUUCCUGGCAAGAGGGGCAAGAUGGGUAGGCCGGGGUUUCCUGGAGACUUUGGGGAAAGAGGUCCUCCUGGACUGGAUGGGAACCCUGGAGAAUUGGGCCUGCCAGGGCCCCGAGGAGUCCCCGGCCUCAUUGUCACGGACUUUACCACUGCAUCCCGCACUCAGCUCUGUGUGACUUCUGGAGACAGAAGAAUGGAGACAGCGGAUAUAUGGGCCUCGUGGGGUUACGGUGAACAGCCGGCGAGGGCCCAAGCAGCACAUUCCAGCCGGAGCCCAGCGUAAGCUCCCGUUAACGGCGGUUGACGGGACCUUGAAGUCUCGCGCGUGGUGUCUGGCACACAGUAGGAGUUCUGGAAAUGGUUGCAGACGUGGUUGGUUGUGUUUUGGUGAGAGUCAUCAAGACAAAAGGCAAGAUGUGUAGAGUGGUGUCUGGGAGCUUAGGCAAAAGUGGGAACA